ACAGUCUACUUCGGGAGCCUCCCGGCAGACACCAUGCACAGAUUGACAGGUUUUACACUCAGGAAAGCGAUGAGUGCGUUUUAUUUUGGAUUACUGUGACACGCAGGACGGGCUUUUUUGGAGGAGAUUUAGGAGUCUGCUUCCUCUCGCUCCUGUUCGCAGUCCUCUGGUUUCUGCAGGACUCCCCCCCGGUCGCGAAGAGCCCAUGCAGCCGCAAAGGGAGAAGAGUGAAGUGCGACCCCGAGCUGGAUGGAUGGUUAUGGGGAAAAGAGCAAGACCCUCGGCGCUUGAAGUGUGCAAAAUCCUCGCUGUGUUUCUCUCACUCUUCCCUUCUGUGAGUCUGCAGUGCAAGAUCCUCAAGUGUAACGCAGAAUUUUGGGCCUCCACCACCAACUCUGGACCCGAGGAGGAGUUCUGUAUAGCGCUGCGGGCGUAUAACAGCUGUGUACGCCGGACAGCACGUACCUGUAGAGGUGAUCUGGCAUAUCACUCCGCCCAGCAUGGCAUCGAGGAUCUGAUGAUCCAGCACAACUGCUCCAAGGAGGGGCCUACAUCCCAGCCACGUGCCCGUACACCGCCUCCACCUCCACCACCGCAGCUCCCGCCUGACAGCCAGGAGCGCUCUGACGGCCCAGAAGUGUGCCACUAUGAGCGCAGUCUUCCACGGAACACGGCACCGCCCAAUUACACCCACUGUGGCUUCUUUGGAGAUCCACACCUCCGAACCUUUGGUGAUGAUUUCCAGACCUGCAAGGUGGAAGGAGCCUGGCCUCUCAUACACAACAAAUACCUGUCUGUCCAGGUGACCAACACUCCUGUGGUACCAGGCUCCGUGGCCACUGCAACCAGCAAGCUGACAAUCAUCUUCAAGAAUUUUCAGGAGUGUGUUGAUCAGAAGAUGUACCAUGCCGAGACGGAUGAACUGCCAGCAGCGUUUGCAGAUGGCUCUAAGAAUGGCGGUGAUCGGCACGGAGCAAACACACUGCGUGUGGUGGAGAAGGUCCCAGGGCAGCAUGUGGAGAUUCAGGCCAGGUACAUUGGAACAACCAUAGUGGUUCGGCAAGUAGGCCGCUAUUUGACCUUUGCCGUACGGAUGCCGGAGGAAGUUGUAAAUUCUGUGGAGGAAGGCGAUAAUCAGGACUUGUACCUCUGUCUUCAUGGCUGUCCUGCCAACCAACGUAUCGACUUCAGGACCUUCAGGGCUCGCGCAACAGAGUCUCAUGGCCUGGGCAGGACCAGGAGUGGCACCACAAUGCAUGGGUUUAGCUACCAGUCUGCAAAGGCCAAGUGCAAAGAGCGCCUCCCAGUGGAGGACCUCUAUUUUCAGUCCUGCGUGUUUGACCUUCUAUCUUCCGGGGACAUAAACUUCACCAUGGCAGCCUACUACGCCUUUGAGGAUGUAAAAAUGCUCCACUCAAACAGUAACAGAUACCACAUCUUUGAGAAUGCAAUUAUAGGUAAUGCAGCACCAAGGGGGAAGGAUUUACCUUUGCUCCUCUUCCUCAACUUAUUUGCUGUCUUAUUGUGGAUUGAAUGUUGUGCAGCUCAUCUAUAGCCCUUUUACAACAGUUUCUUGAUGUUUUUACCUGUCAGUGAGUGUUGUGUUGUACAUCAGCUCCAAUCUACUGCUCUGGGUCUGUCCCAUGUGGCUGGCCAGUAGGGUCACUGCAGCCCUAAGUCUCAUUUUUGUUGUAUUGUCAUGUCUUGACUUCAGUCUAGCAUCAAGCUGAGCUCUUCGUGCUCCCACCUAUCAUCGCAUGUAUUUAGCUGGUUCAUAGGACCGGUCUUUGAAGAGAGCAGCGGUGAGAGAGCCCAGCUGCCCCAGAGCUCAGGAUAUCCAGCUGGGAUUAAAUCCCACAUUCUCACUGGGGCUGCAUGCCUAUGGGAAGCCGGACAAGAUGAUCUUUUGCAGAAAGAGGAGUUUGCUGAUCCUCCUCCCCUGAUCCCCUCAUUGGUGCCAAGCCAGUGAAGCUCUCUGUGGCUCAUGUGGCUAGGCUAGAGGACCUGACAGGGGCUUUUGUUAACCUAUGGCCAAGAGCAGCUCCAUGUUUGAUUAGUUUCCAGCUUUGGGAAAGCCUGAGCCUUUUGGAGGAAGCACUCAGCCAAAAGGAUGUCAGAGCAGCGUCUCCAGUUGUCUGCUGUGGAGAUUAAUGGGUCAUAUUGUCAGGUCGUGUUUGUGUAUGUGUGUGUGUGUGUGUGUGUGUGUGCAUUUGCACAAAUUUGUGUGCAGAAUUCUGCCUCUGUGGUUUGAGUGUGUUAGAGGGUGCAUGAGUAAGCAAACCUCUGAUGGGAAAAAUAUUUCCCAUGUCUUUAUAUUGCACCUGAAAGUCUGAUAUGGGAAUGACAUUGUGGUCCAGGGUCAGUGAAAACAACUCUAUCUGCCAAGUAGCAACUCCUAAGGGAACUGGCAAAAAAAUGUAUUUACUUAACUUUCAUCUGUGUAUCAAUUACAGUGUCAUAAAGCCUUUUGCUGCGUCUUUUGAGCUGACACAUUGAUCAGAAAGUGUUUGGUACUUUGAGUCUUUGGUAAAAGAGGUCAUGUAGUAAUGUGAAUGUAACUGUAGCAAGAAAGCAAAGAACAAAUUUAGCUAAGGGCACCCAGAACGCAGACACAUUUACAGAGUGUUCAAUUGCCUCUCGGUCCAGUAAUCAAUCAACCUCAUGGCUUAUUGCAGAGAAAAUUAUCUCUUUGUGCAUUUUGUGAAUGUUAAUCUCUCCAGUCUCGAUUGUCUCUUGCAAAGGCCAUUCAUUUAGAUACUGGUUGUUCAGAUGUAACCUCUAGUCAGACCAGCCAUCUUCAUAGAAACAACCUGCUGACCUGGCUGCGGUUUAGUGAAUUAAUGAUUAGCGUAUGUCUGUAGAUGUGAAUUCAUGGCUUAAGUCAUUGCCAAAGAACAAGCCCUUGUGCCAACAUUUUCCUAAACAACUGAAUUUUCGUCUUUCUGUCUAUUUAGGCGACUUAGAAGAUUUCACAUUUGAGGAUUCUCAAUCGUAUGUAUAUAAGUUAUCUUUGUGGAUGAAUUCAAGGUAAUGCAGAAAGGCCAAAAAAUUCUCGCAGAUCUACAGUGACACGCAUACAUAUUGCUACCAGCAUUCGUUUCUGUGUUACAGUUUGACCAUUGCUUUUCUUUUUCUUUUUUUCCAAUAAUGCUCCUUUCUAACUGAGGUUUCCAUUUGAAUUUUGGCUCUCAACUACAGUAUCUGGCAAGCUAGUAGUCAACCUCGUAGAUACUAUUACUUCUUGGGCAAGGUUUUAUGAUUAUAUAUUCUUACACUGAAGUAUUUGGCAGGCCUUACUACUGCUAUUGGAAUAUGUGUUGGUGCAGUUUGACAAAAAAAAUCCUACAAACAAAUGAUUGUAAUGUUGAAUCUUGUGUUAAUAGAUGUAAUUUGUGUUGUGAGUUUUACAGUAUAUGGUUCUACAUGUGUAAUGUGAGAUUGUAUAUGUUUUGUGAGUUGAGUUAAAUUUGUAUAUUACCAGUUGUGUUUGAAUUUAUCACUACGGUUUUUGUAUAUCAGAUGUUUUGGUGAAUGUGAACUUUGUUUUUAUUAUUUUAAAAGGGAGUUUUGCAAAAACAUGAACACCACAAAACUGAAUAUUGUUGAUGAUUAUAUUGUGAUCAUUCUCAAACAAACCUAAUCUUAGAGCAGUUCUGUCUGAGGCAGUUGGUGAGGUCGUCAGUACUCUUUGCUUACUUGGUUGCAGACCAAGUAAAACCUAACAUCCUGUAUGCAGCCCAGCUAAUCUAGAAAGGGAAGUGUUCUGGGAUGUUCAUGUUUUUGAGUUUAAAGCACUUUAUGUUUCUCGUUUCAUUUAGCUCGUUUUGUUUGAACUUGUGAAUAGCGGCUGUCAGACCUGUAAUGGUAGAAAAGAAUAAAAUAACUGAACGAGAGAUGCCAGACAGAUCAAACUGUGUUUGUAUGUAGAGCAAAUGUGGUGCCACACACAAACUGUUUAUAAUGUAAAUUAUUUAUUGAAUAAAAGAAAAUGUCUUAUUGUUGAGGUGCCUUUUGUCUCAUUGCUGAUGAUGUAAGA